GCCUAAAUUGUUACCAUUGAAAACUACUACUCAAGUCCGUUUUGAGCAGCUGCAACACGAAGCGGCAAGAGUUUGGAGAGAAAAACAAAAAACUGCAAAGAAAAAAUAAAAUUUUGUACCAUUGCUAGCCCACCACAAUGAUGUACACAUUGUUUGUGAUAGAAUUAAUAUCGGCCUUUAUUUUAGCGGCCACUUUAUUGUACAGAUAUGGAGACUGUUACAGAAAUCACAUAAUUGUGACUGUUUCUGUUUUAACAGCAUGGUACUUCUCUUUUGUUAUUAUGUUCAUUUUACCACUGGAUAUUACAUUUACUAUCCAGCGUUCACAAGAGAACAUAACAAACACACAGCCAGUACAGCUGAGCAACGAGACCACCACUGUUGCACCUCCUGUAAACCCUUGUGAGCAAACAUGGAACUGUGUGUUUCCUAGCCUUUGGAGAGUAGUAUAUUGGACAUCACAAUGCUUGACAUGGCUUAUAAUGCCCAUGAUGCAAUCUUACAGUAAAGCUGGAGAUUUCACGGUCAAAGGAAAACUCAAAUCAGCAUUAGUGGACAAUGCAAUUUACUAUGGUUCAUACUUGUUGAUAUGUGGUAUUCUCCUAAUAUAUAUUGCUUUAAAACCUGGGGUCUACUUAGAUGGCCCCAAAAUCAAAGCCAUAGCAUCCUCAGCAAGUAACACUUGGGGUCUAUUCCUGUUGAUUCUCCUACUUGGUUAUGCAUUAGUGGAAGUUCCAAGAAACUUGUGGAAUAAUUCCAAGAAAAAUUACACUUUAACAUACAGUUAUUUCAAGAUAGCUAAAUUGAGUACUGACAAAUGUGAAGCAGAAGAAACUGUAGAUGACAUUCUGGAUAGUUUAAACUCGGUGACAGCAGCCGUAGGGUCUGGACAUCCUCUCCAUCGACAUGUGGAGACUAUAAUACAAAAGUUACCGAUACAGUUGCGCGAUCGAUUGGACUCGCGCGCACCACCCGAAAGAUCCCAGCCACCAUCUCUGAAGUCUCUUGUCAACUUGCAUAAAAAGACGAUUAAAGCAUUGCACGUGCUACAACGCACAGAGACGCAGUGGGGACUUAUGCUGGAACGUAUCUUUCACUUGGAAGACAUCGCGUCCAACCUGCGCUCACCAGACAGACGCUUCCAGCACACGUUUCACACGCCGCGUCCGAGGAUUCAGCGAAUUUUUUACCCGCCCAUUAUUGAAUGGUACUGGGAGUGUUUCGUGAAACAAUACUUCCUGAAGACUAUGGCGGUGAUAACGUGCAUACUCUCCGUGGCGGUCGUCUGGUCGGAAAUGACAUUCUUCUGCAAGAAACCUGUACUAUCCAUAUUCGCGAACAUUGUUAUAGCAGCUAAAGAUAACUACAACUAUGCUGCAAUUGUAACAAUAUCAACAAUGAUAAUAGCCUACAUGUUCUAUUGUGCGUACUCCACGGUGCUCAAGAUUCGUCUCCUGAACCUCUACUACCUGGCCCCACAUCACCAGACCAACGAGUACAGCCUGAUCUUCUCCGGUAUGAUGGUGUGUCGCCUCACGCCGGCCAUGUGUCUGAACUUCCUCAGUUUGGUGCAUAUGGACUCGCAUGUUAUCAAGGAGAGAAUCAUGGAGACAUAUUACACGCAGAUAAUGGGUCACAUGGAUGUAUUGGGCAUCAUCGCUGAGGGCUUCAACAUCUACUUCCCGAUGCUAGUGGUACUGCUGUGCCUAGCCACGUACCUCUCGCUCGGUAGCCGCCUGCUCUCAUUUUGCGGCUUCCAGCAGUUCGUUGGAGAUGAUGAACUCACCACCGACUUAGUGGACGAGGGACGGGAGAUCAUCAAAAGGGAAAAACGCAAACGGCAGCGCGCUGAGGAGACGUUAACCCGUCGCCGAGACUACAGCGAAAGGUUCUCGAACUAUCGGAACGCGCGCGAUCGGCAGGACGGAGCCCACACCGGGCUAUUGAACGACGUGGACUCAGACUACUACGUGACUCCCAGCCCUGAACGCUCACAGAAUGUCACCGGUUACCAAAGAGCCGAGCUACCAUACAACCGCACCGAUUUGACUCUCGAAGAUGAAUUAGAUCAUCGUUUUGGAGAGAGCACUCAGACUACAAUUAGGUCUGAUAGAAGAGAUAAAAUGACUAUGCCCCCGAGAGGGCUUUUCGAUGAUGUAUAAAUGUGCAAUAUAGCUUUAAGUGAAGUUAGAACAAAUUAUAGAAGUGUUGGAAGCUGUUAACUCGAUAGAAGUAGAGGCAAAAGCCAUAUUGUAUGAAAAUCUGUUUGUAACGUUAUUAGAUGUAAUAGGAUUGAGUAGUAAAGUAAAGGCUUAUUCCACAUAACCACUCUACAAGUUUACAGUUUAUAAAUACAUUUUUUUUUUCUGACAGGAUUAAAGUGAAUAACAAAUCUUUUAAUAAAUUCUCUGUGACUGACGAAUUCUUGCCCCGAUUAUGUAUUUCAUUACGCCGAUAUGCUGUUCCCUUCCUUUCGCGUGGGUGUAAAACAUCUCCAAUACCUAAUUGCGGUUGCCAACCCGCCUGCCAAGCGUGGCAACUACUAGUAAAAUUAGAGAGAUCUAUGUCCAGCAGUUGACAAUUAACGGUUGAUAUGGUAUGGUAUGGAUAUCCUGUUAGAUAUUAAUUGAAAGAGUAAAUUAAAAUAUAUACAUACAUACUUCUAUUAAUAGUCUUUUAUUACCUAAUAUUUUUUUAUAAUAAUUCUAAUAAAAUUAUAUAUUCAAAAUAUAGAUUUAAUUCAGCGAUAACAUAUAAUGGUAUUCUGUGGAAUAAACCAAAACAUACGAGUCUUAAGUCAAUUGCAAAGUGCCAUUUAAACACUGCAAUAUUGAUUUUAAAUCGAAGUGUACAGUUGUUUAAAUUGCAUAGUAGUUCUGUGGAAUACGACCCAGAUAUUUGUAAAUGAUUGUAAAUUUACGCACAGGAUAAUGCAAUGUUUUUUUAUUUUUAUUUUUUUUAACACAAGAGGCCUUUACUCAGCACCUGUUAGUUCUUCAUUUUUGUAUAUAGUCUUCGCAAACUAUGUUAUUAAUAAUUUUUAUUACAAUCAAUAAAUCUAUAUAAUAAUGUGUAGUCAUAAUAGAUUAUUAAAUAAAAUUAUAUUAUUAUUUUGUGCUGUCGUGAGUGUGUACGUUUGUGUGUUUGUGAGUGCAAGGGACGCAUAUUAUAAAUGUUAUGUACAAUUUGCUUCGUCCAUAUUUUGUAAUUUAGUAUUUAUUGCUUUUAAAUUAUUCCUAAUUAAAUAAUUUAUAUACAUUAUAUAUAUACAUAAAUAUUUUAAUUUUAUGACAUCAAAUAACGUAUAGUCUGAAUUAAUGAAACUUAAUAAAAAUAUAACCAAACAUUGUCGAAAUUAUCACAGAAACAUUGUCUGAAAUUUUUUGGUAACAAAUGGAAUCAUUGAUUCAGUUAAUUGAUUUUUUAUUUGUACUAACAUCGGACAUCGACUGUCUGUAUUCGAGUCAAUUAUUCGUUUGUUUAAAUGUUCAUUAAGUUUUAUUAAAACGGACUAUGUAAGUAAAUAAUAAAAUUGUAAUAGUUGAUUUUAAGUUUUCGCGUUGUUUACCUAUAAUAUAUUAAAUACACAAUCAGCGCUUAACGCGAUGAAAAACUUUUGCAGGUAAAUAGUAGCUUGAUACCUGCUUCUUCAUUGCUAACGUUUCAAUGUAGAUUGCUAUCUUGACGAGGUUUUUUCAUCACGCAAGUCCCGAUAGUGUAUUUAAAAUGAAUAAAAUUGUAAUUACUAUAUUCUUCAAACAAUCGAUAUUUAUAUUUUUAACAAAAAUAUAAAGAAAAUAAUUACUCAAUCAAAGGUCAAUUUUUCAAAUAUUAUUUAUGCUUCACCAUUUUUAUAUCACAUGGAAAAGAUUAUAUACUCGUAGGUCUAUGCUUUGAAAGAUAAUCUAUAAGGUUAUAUUUGUUGAUUGUAUUUAGGGGAUAAUCUAAGGAGCUACUGAACUCAUUUGAAAUUCAACACGAGAUAACGAGUAAAGACAUGGUCUUAUAUAAGUAUAAUUAUUAUUAAAAAUCACUAAAUACUACUACUUACUGACUUUUCUACUUUGCCAUAAUAAACUUUCACUCAUAAUUAAAUAAAAUGUCAAUAAUAUCACUAUUGCCAAUUAAUUUUGUAUAAAAUGUAACUUUAAUAAUUUUUCGCGCUAAUGGUCUCGUCUUUUGAAUAAACGAGAAAUUUCUUAGUAUAUUGUAGUGAGUACAAUACACAAUGUAAUUUUCUGUAUUUCGAGUCUGAGUAAGAUUCACAUAACUAAUAACACUAAUAGAAUAAAAUCUUUCUUGAGGUAAACUUUAAAUUCUGACAGCAUUGUCAACGAAAUUAUCUAUACAUAUAAUAAAACUGCAGCUAAACAAUGAGGGUCGAUUCUGAGGUGUCGUCUCUCUAAACCUACCUAAAAUUUAAAUUUCAAUUUGAUAUCACAGCAAAAUCUUUAUUAUAAAGAUCAAAAUUAAAUUUCUGAUUAUAAUUCAAUAGUAUUUAUAAGUUUAGUUUAAUGACGAUUCAUACAAUUAUAAUUUUGCAAAAUUUACAGAUUCUUAAAUUAAUAGAUAGGUUUAGAGUUAUGACCUAAUUGACCUCAUUGUCAUCUUAUAUAAAAAUUUUCAGCCAGUAUAAACAAAAAUCGAAUUUCUAACAGCAGCUUUUUGCAUGUAAAUUACUUAUUGAUUGCCUAAGCAAUUUAGUCACGCCUUAUUUGUGUCAAUUUUAUUUUUAUAUAUUUUUCUAAAUAAUUUUAAGGCACAUCAGGGUAACAAAGCUUUGCAAACAAUCAUAAUAAUUCUAUAUGUUAAAUUUCAAAGACAAUAAAAACACAGGACAUAACAUGUGAUAAUAUUGUUAAACCCAAUAUUCACCGGUAAAUAUUUUCAUCAUCUCAUGUUUUUAAACAGGUGGCUUUUUAUUCAAUAUGUACUUUUAAUAUUUUUGCAUUACUAUAAAUAAGUUCGAGUGCAUCGACUUAUUGUAUCGUUUAGUUUACAAAAAAAUUGUUUGCCAUCCGAUUUGAGAAUUUUUUAGAAUAUCCUGUACACAAGGCGCCUGAUAAUAUUACUAUGGAUUGUAACUGUUGCUUAUUAUUAUACCUUGUUUCAUUCCAUAAAAUUAAAACGAAUUGCAAGCGUAUUAUACUAUUGUGAUAUA